AUGUCCUUGUCCAAGGGUGCGACUUUCCACCAGCCAUCGUCGCCUGCGACGGACGAUGAUCCAGUUCUGAGCAUUCCUCACCUGACUCGUCGCUCUCCAACGUGCUCGACGGCAACCCUCACCAGUUGGCUCUCUGAGAAAGAGGACGUUGCUCAGUCCAUCGUUGAUUUUGAGCAAACGUUCUCGGGCGCACGCGGGAAGAGGACCUCCAUUCGGCGAUUGUCCACGAUAGACUUUCAACGACAAGUCUUUCGUGUCUCGAUACCGUCUGACGAAGGACUCGGUUCCUCAAUCAGCCCUGCAAGUGACAAAGGCCUGGCCAAGUCAUUUGAAAGAGCUUUGGAUUUGUUGUCGAACAAGGACAGUGGACUGGGGACUUCCAUCAGUGAUUCGGUGGAGAAGGUUGUGGGAAACACCUCUGAAGAAGACGGUCUGGUUAAAGACUUGAUUCAAGGUUGGAUUGCCCGCUGUGUGUUGAUGUGUGAAGACGUCGUUAACCAUUCACCAACAGAAGCUGACCAGCUAGACUCAACAUCCCCACAACUCAGGCAGCGAGGAAGUCUAUCCGCGUCCAAAUCUUCAGUCGCCCUCACCCCCUCUGCGCUUACACGCAGCAUUGCUCCAUCUCCUAGACUUGCCGCCCCUCAUCUGCCGCUGAGCUCCUCUGCUCACAGCAAGAUCAAGGAGUUCAUCAUCUCUCCUAUCCUUCGCGAGGAUCGAUUCGAAGUUCUCCAUCCCCUUGUCACCGCUCUCGGGUCAAGGACCAACAAGGCCAUUCGAUGCUUGCGCGACCUUGAACGGAGUCUCGUCUUCCAGCCCUUGACGCUUGACAUCUCAAGACAAUUGUAUCGCGUCUUCGGCGAGUUCACCGUCCAGCUCGUCGUCGAUACUUACCAGCAUCUGUCCGAAUCCGAACAACGGCGUGCGGCGGAUCGCCCUUACGACAACGGCUAUUUCCUUGACCUUGUCCAACAAGUCAAUCGACUUGCGUCACACAUCGGUUCUUCAAGUCGUGCUCAGCAGGCUGGAACUGCUGAAGAGGACGACGCCAUGGCUUUCUCGAUCGAUGACGAGGUCACCUUGGAGGGUGGCCUCGGUCAAACCGACACUGAAGCCGAGCUCGUCCGUUGGAAGAAUGGCAAGGGUUAUUCCCUCCGCACAGGUCUACCAUACGAGCCGACACCUGGCAUGAAACGACAAAGCAACGACACCCUGGAUGAAGAAGUUGCAAGAUCAAUGGCCCGAAGGAAGAAGGGCUACAUUCCUGAGAUUGUGGAGAUGAAGUGCCACGACGAAACCUGCGACAAGACCUUCACGCGUAAAUGUGAUUUGGCCAAACAUGAGAAGACUCAUUCUCGUCCCUUCAAGUGUCCCCAACCUGAUUGCAAAUAUCACGAACUUGGCCUUCCCACGGAAAAAGAGCGUGAACGCCACUACAACGACAAGCAUGCCAAAGACCCACAUUUCUACAAGUGUGACUUUUGUGAGUUCCGCACGAAGCGUGAGAGCAACUGCAAGCAACAUCAGGAGAAGAAACAUGGCUGGCAUUACGAGCGUGCCAAGGGCAAGGAUAAGGCUGGUUCUACUAGAAUGACACCGAUGCAAACUCCUCGGACCCCGAGUAUGGAUUACUCUUCAAGCCCUGCUGUCUCGAUCAGAACCUGGGACGAUACCAGCUCGCUCGCCGGUAGUCUUGCGGGCAGUGUUUCAACUCCAUUCGAACAGCCAGCGAGCAGCUUCGAUGCCUAUCCGCAAGUUCCGGUCACUUACUCGAAUCCAAUCUUUCCGAGGACGACUCAAUCCAUGUCAUCCACUCAGAUGGAAGAAUUUGACUUCAACUCUGCUCCGUUCAACCAGAAUUUCCAGCCUGCUCAGGCCUACAUUUCUCCCACCAACACCACUCCCAUCACUCCUCAUAUGAUGACGACCCCAAUCACACCAGCCUACAGCAACAUCACGGAAUCGUCUCCAUACCACACAUCGAUGGACAUUACGCUCGAUUGCAACCCCACAACAUGGACUUCAGGCUUGCCGACACCAGGCUCUUUCCUUCAGCCUCAUUCGCGCAAUCCGUCCAUCUCCGAUCAUUCUCCUAUGAUUGCUGGACCGUCUCGACAACCCUUCGCUGAUACUCCUCUCAUGGGACAGGAUCUGGACUUCCCUUCCGGUGACUUCUCCCUCUUUGGUGGUGAAAGCAGCACGGCCUUCUCAAACCCUGCCGCUGCCAGUGCGACAUUGUUCCCUGGUGGUCCUGAGGCUUUCGCUGCUCUGGACAAUGACCCAAUGUUUGAUGCUGCCUGGAACGACACAGACUUCAUCGACUACGACAUGGACAAUUAG